GCCCCCUGCAGCCGCCCUCCCCGGAGGGCAGGGGGCAGGAGGGGAGGGCUGGGCAGCAGGGGCGCAGGGGAGCCGGACCCCCGCUGCCCCGCCCCGGGGGAAGGUGAGGGCGGGUGCCCUCCCCCCGCCCUGCCCGCCCCGCUGGCCGUGCUCCCAGCAGCCGGCCGCCGCAUCAUCAAUAUUUCAUGGGCGUCAGUAAGAGGCGGCGGGGACGGUGGCUGCAGCAGCAUUCUUGCCUGCUCUAGCCACAGCUCUCUGCACGCGUCAGCCUCCCUGCCCUGCCCACCACCAUGGACGUCUUCAAGAAGGGCUUCUCCAUUGCCAAGGAGGGUGUGGUGGGCGCCGUGGAGAAGACCAAGCAGGGGGUGACGGAAGCGGCCGAGAAGACCAAGGAGGGGGUCAUGUAUGUGGGAGCCAAGACCAAGGAGAAUGUUGUGCAGAGCGUGACCUCAGUGGCUGAGAAGACCAAGGAGCAGGCCAACGCUGUGAGCGAGGCCGUGGUCACCAGCGUCAACACGGUGGCCAUCAAGACGGUGGAGGAGGCAGAGAAUAUUGCCAUCACCUCUGGAGUGGUUCGAAAGGAGGACCUGGAGCCUGCCCCCCUGCAGGAGGACAAGGAGGACAAGGCAGCCAGAGCAGAAGAGAAAGCGGCUGAGGAGGCCAAGAGUGGAGGAGACUAGAGGGAUGCCAGUUGGCCACGGAGCCUUCGAGGAAGAGCCCUCCGCCUCGGACCCCACCCCCACCUGGCACGCAGAGUGCCCAGCCCUGGAGCGCGACCUGGGUUGCCCAUGUUCCCACGCCCACACCCGGCCACCCACAGGCCUGCCCCUCCUAAGCUGCCUCCGACGCCUUCACCUCCCUCACUCCCUCCCUCGAGGCCUCCGCCCCUGGUCCUUCUGACCCCACAGAUGCUGAGGUGAAAUUUUGUUUUUAAAGAUUCCAAAUGAAACUCAAGACCUCA